AUGUCCACUACGGAGAAGAAGGAGGAGCUGUUCCCGAAGAUCGGGUCUGUGGCUGAUACGACGGACGCGAGCGCGGGCGAUGAGGAGGAGAAGACGGUGCAGGAGAUCGAGUCGUUGUGUAUGAACUGUGAAGAGCAGGGCGUAACGCGUCUGCUGCUCACGACGAUCCCGUACUUCCGCGAGGUCAUCGUCAUGUCCUUCCGAUGCGAGCACUGCGGCUUCCAGAACAACGAGAUUCAAUCGGCGGGCCAAAUACGCGAACACGGCGUAGUGUACACCGUCCGCGUCCUCGACCGCACCGACCUCGACCGCCAACUCGUCAAAUCAGAAUCAUGCACCGUAACCAUCCCCGAGCUCGAACUCACCAUUCCGCCCAAAAAGGGCCAGCUCACGACCAUCGAGGGCCUACUGCGCGACGUCCUAGGCGAUCUGGGCGCGGACCAGCCGUUGAGGCGGGUGCAGGACGAGAACACGUACAACAAGAUCGAGAGCAUCUUGGACCGGAUCAGAGGGAUGUUGGCCGAUGAGGACGAUGAGGGGGAGGAGGAGCAGACGAGCGGGCCGGUCAGGAAGGCGAGUAUGAAGGACGCGCCGCUCGUGCCGUUCACGGUCAAGCUCGACGAUCCGGCCGGCAACUCGUUCCUCGAGUUCCACGGCACGACGGCGGACCCGAAGUGGAACAUGCGCACGUACACGCGCACGCGCGAGCAUAUGGUCCUCCUCGGGCUCGUUGAUCCGGACGCUGAGCCCGCGCCUGCGCCUAUACCUGUCGAUGGAGAGGGUGCAGAGGCGAUUGGAGGAGGGCUGGAGGGCGAGAACGAGGAGAUCUACGCGUUCCCCGGCGUGUGCUCGUCCUGCGCGGCGCCCCUGACGACGUACAUGAAGAAAGUGAACAUACCGUACUUCAAGGACGUCCUCAUCAUGUCGACGAACUGCGACCGGUGCGGAUACCGCGACAACGAGGUCAAGUCCGGCGCGGCCAUAUCCACGCUCGGGCGCAGGAUAACGUUGAGGGUGGAGGAUAAGGAGGAUCUGAGCAGGGAUAUAUUGAAGAGCGAGAGCUGCGGGAUGCGGAUACCGGAGAUCGAGCUGGAGCUGAAUGCGGGGACGCUGGGGGGGCGGUUUACGACGCUGGAGGGGAUAUUGGAGCAGGUUUAUGAGGAGCUGAGUGAGAAGGUGUUCGCGGGGGAUUCGGUGGGGGAUGGGGAUGAGCGGAGGACGUUCGAGAAGUUCUUGAAGGGUUUGAAAGAGGUGAAGAACGCCGAACGGCCGUUCACGCUCAUCCUCGAAGACCCGCUCGCGAACUCGUACCUCCAGAACUUGUACGCGCCCGAUCCGGACCCGAACAUGACGAUCGAGGAGUUUGAGAGGACGUGGGAGCAGAACGAGGAUUAUGGGCUGAAUGAUAUGAAGCUCGAGGGCUACGAGGAGGACGCGGCGAAGGAGGCAAAGGAGGAAGCCGCGGCGAAGGCGGAAAGUGAGGCGAGGGAGGAGGAGGGCGCGAAGGAGAAGGCUGAGGUUGCGGCUGCGGCUGUUACUGUAUGA